CUCAGUUGUUCAGUUCCAGUUCGACAAUCGAGUGAAACGAUAUGCAAUCGCUGCUGAAGUGGAACUUUCUGUGGGUAUUGAUGGGGCUGCUGCUGGCAGUGACCUUGACGCGCUCCGAAUCGGUGUCGGAGCCGGAAUCUGGUUCCCAUGUCCGCGUGAAGCGCGUCGUCGGUGGCAGGCAGUCGAAGGCCCCGCCUGUGGACGAUCCGGUGGUAUUCGCGCGCCUCUUCAAUCGGGAUGCCCGCGUCGAGGGCUUCCGGAAUCCCACGACUGGCGUCUACAGCUUCCUGGGGGUGCACUAUGCGGAGCCGCCGCUGGGUUCGCUGCGAUACGCCCGUCCCGUGUACAGACGCCUCGGCGGAGACAUCAAUGCCACGCGCCACGGACCGCCCUGCAUCCAGCCGCAUCCCCAGGCGCCGCAGCGGAUCGUCGGCGAGGAGAACUGCCUGCUGCUGAACGUCUACACGCCGCAGAUGCCCGACGAGACCUCCGGACUGCCUGUCUUCGUGUGGAUCCAUCCGGGCGGCUAUCGCUAUGGCUCGGCGGCCCAGUACGAUGCCACGCCCAUGGCCCAGAGGGGCGCCAUUGUGGUGGCCCCGCAGUACCGUCUCGGCUCGCUGGGCAUCAUGGGCGACGGCACCAAGCAGUUCGACGGCAAUCUGGCCAUGUUCGACCUGGCCGCCGCCCUCCGCUGGGUCACCGACUACAUCUCCUACUUCGGCGGCAAUCCCAAGCAGGUCCAGGCCAUUGGCCACGGCUCGGGUGCGGCCAGCGCCAUGUAUCUGUCGAUGUCGCGGACGGCUCGCAGCGCCGGCGAUGUCCACGGUGUGGUGGCCAUGUCGGGCACGGCUCUCUCGCAAUACGCCACGGACAAGGAGCCCGUUCAGAGUGUCGAGGAGGUGGCCAAGAUCAAUGGCUGUCCCACGGGCAACGAACUGGAGAUCGUCAAUUGUUUGAGAGCGAAAAGCGCCGAGGACAUCAUUCGAAACGACGACAAGGUCCAAACGGAGCGUCUGGCGGGGCGGGCUCUGGUGAAGGGUCUCACGGGGAAUGUGGGCUUCCAGCCGCACAUCGAGAGCCCCGACGAUGGCCGGGCCCUGCCCAGUCUCAUUGUGGGCGAGCCCGAGCAGCAGCUGAAGAGCAACAACUUCUCGGGCAUACCCCUGCUCACGGGAGUGGCCAAGCACGAGACGGCCAACUCGGUGACGGUGGAGACCAUCGAGAAGGUCUUCGGCUCGGCGGAGCAGUUCCUGGGCUCCCUGAGCGAUGCCCUGAACAAGCUGACGGGCUUCCUGAAGAUCGAUCAGAUCACGGGGCAGAUCGCCAAGCCGCAGCUGCCGGGACUCACGAGCGUGCUGACGCCCACGCUGCAGGACGUGUGGAAGGUGCCGCAGGCCCUCAACGUGGACCAAGUCCUGUCCAAGGUGGUCGAAUCCACCACGGACGUGCUGUUCAACCUCCCCGCCGUGCUGACCACCCAGGUGUGGUCCAAGCUGGCGCCGGCCUUCAUGUACAGCUUCGAGUACAACGGCACCAGGUCGAAGGGCAUCAACUUCCUGCGCGGCCUGCCCAUCGUCUCGGAGUCGGCCAACGACAGGCCGGACACGGUGGGCCAUGGCGACGAGCUGGGCUACAUGUUCGAUGCCAACGAUAUCUUCGGGGCUCCCCUGGAGGAGACACGUCUCACCAGCCCAGAGGACCUGAAAGUGCGCCACAAUCUCAUCGACAUGCUCGUCCAGUUCGCCAAGCAGGGAGGUGGAAAGACCGGCUCUGGCUCGUCACUCUUCCAGAGCGUCUCUGGCAAGGCCACGCCGUUCAUCAAAAUCGACACCCGACUGGAGACCUCCAAUGACUUUCGCUUCUGCGAGCUGUCCGUGCUGGGGGCCUCGCUCUCGCCCCUCAGCUCCACCAGCUGCGCGGGGCUGGGCAGUCUCCUGGGCCAGCUGGGCGGCGGUCUGGGUCAGACGAUUGGCGGCGCUGGCCAGAAGUUGGGCUUGGAUGGUGCCGGCCAGAAGUUGGGCUUGGGUGGCUCUGGCCUCGGCUUGGGUGGCGGCAACAAGAACAAGAGGCCGGGAGGCUUGGGCUUGGGCAUUAUCUAGGAACAGAAAAAGAUCCAGUUGUAAAAUUCCACCUUAAAUAAAGAGAGAUUUAAUCUAAAGUGGAA